AUGAUUUAUCACCUGAGUGCUGUCUUUGAUAGCAGCGCCGACGACGAUGCAGUUGACGAUUGUCCAGCCAAUCCACUGCCGAAACCGCCACCUACCACCGCUGAUAACAGGUUCAGUCGGAGCGCGCGCGGAGGUGCUGCUAAAGAAGAAGAAUAUGGAGGAAGAGGAGGUAACUGCGAUGCGGCAUGGAUCAGAAUCACAAUUGUAGAAGUAGAGUCGCGACAUUCUGCUAUUGCAUCGGCCAACGAAUUAACCUAUAAAGAUCGUCAACAAGGAAAAAGCGAGAGAGGGGGGAGGGAUGGAACAAGGGAUUCAACCAUAUUCAUUGCUCAUCUGAACUCAUUACUUAUUUAA